ACGACGAAGAAGAUUCCUUCAAAUGUUCAUUGUUCCCCUAAGGGCUGCCGUUGCUGUUGCUGAUGGUGAUGCUGAGGUUGAGGCUAUUGCUGUUGGUUAGCUGGCUGCGACCGAUUCUGCUGCUGCUGCUGCUGCUGCUGCUGCUGCUGUGGUGUUGGUGAAUGGUAGUAUAGCUGUUAGUAAUGGUCGUGUUUGGCUAAGUAAUUUGUUGUCGACUGAUGCAAACUCGUAAUUCUAGUGCUGCUACAUAAUUAUCCCACUGUGUGGAUGGCAAUUGGCAUUUACGUGUUUCUGCGUGCGUGUGUUGUUGUGAGCAAAAACUGUUACUGAUAUUGCUUCUGUAUAAAGCUGGUCAAGUAACGGCAGGGUAAGACAUCGAUGUACGCGAAACAACAACAACAACAACAACAACGACGACGACGACGACGACGACGACAACAACAACAACAACAACAACAACGACAUCAUUACCAUUAUGAUGUAUCGCUAAACCAGGUCGAAGCUAAUUAAUCGUGUAGUGCAGGAACGGAUCUAGAGUGUGCCGGAAUCAUAAUGGAGGGUAAUGUUAAGUGGGGUCCUGGAACGGAGGUUAUUGCACGGUACAAUUUCAAAGCGAACUCUGAAGAAGACCUUACAUUCUCCAAGGGAGAUGUCCUUACCAUCAUGGCUGCUACUCCGGACCCGAACUGGUUCAAAGCAAAACAUGCUGAUGGUCGCGAGGGUCUCGUACCACUGAACUAUUUGAUGAAGCGAGGCGAUGGUCGAGCCGGUCUCAUGCUCUGGUUUCACGGAAAGAUCUGCCGCGAGGAGGCGGAACGACUCCUGCUUCAGAAUCCGUCUGACGGGGCUUUCCUCGUUCGCGAGAGCACCAACUACCCUGGGGAUUACACACUUUGUGUGUGCUUCAACAACAAAGUCGAACACUAUCGGAUAAUUACACAAGACGAUCUUGGUGGGUUGACUAUCGACGAAGAGGAGUACUUUGGUACGUUAUCGCAGCUCGUCGAACAUUAUGAGAUGGACGCGGACGGAUUGUGUACGCGACUUACGCACGCGUUGCCCAAGAAGGGUGUUUCGUGUAGUAAUGGCACGGCGGAUAAACGUGCGUUUGAAAUGACCGGCUGGCUGAUCAAGUCUCAAGAUAUCUGUAUCAUUGAGAGCAUCGGCAAGGGCGAGUUCGGCGACGUACAGUUGGGUAUGUACAAGGGGAAUAAGGUUGCCGUAAAAACGGUCGAGUCGCCCGAGUCACGUCUAGCAGGAGGAGGAGGAGGAGGCGGUGCUGGGUCAAACCCACUCGUGCUUGAGGCUCAAAUGAUGACGUCGUUAAGGCACCGUAAUCUCGUCCAGCUGUUAGGCCUUGUUAUGGAGGCCGAUGGACUAGUACAGAUAGUUACGGAGUAUAUGGCUAAGGGUUCAUUGGUAGACUAUCUCCGCUCACGGGGCAGACUUCAUGUUACUCGUAGGGACCAGAUUCAUUUUGCUCGUGAUACAUGUGCGGGUAUGGCGUACCUCGAAAGCCGGCAUGUCGUACAUCGUGAUUUGGCUGCUAGAAAUGUUCUCAUCUCGGAUGAUGGAGUGGCAAAAGUAAGCGAUUUCGGACUAGCCAAAAGUCAAGAUGCUGAUAACCCCGACGUUGGCAAGUUCCCAAUUAAGUGGACAGCACCAGAAGCGCUUAAGACGAAUCUAUUUUCAAAUAAGACGGACAUGUGGUCGUUCGGGAUUCUCCUCUGGGAAAUCUACUCAUUUGGCCGAGUGCCCUACCCCCGCAUACCGUUAGCAGAAGUUGUACGUCACGUUGAUAAAGGCUACCGAAUGGAAGCGCCCGAAGGUUGUCCAUCAGAAAUAUAUAAUUUGAUGCAACGAGCGUGGCAUCGAGAGCCUGAAGAACGGCCGACCUUCACCUGGAUGCUCGGAAAGCUCGAACAGCUGCAGCGAGAAACAACGUCGAACGCGAACUCAACAACGUCUUCUGGAACAGCUGCUAACAACAACUGUAACAAUUCAACGGCUGUCACAGCAGCUGGCGCCGGUGGAGGAAGCUCAUAACAAUCGAGAAAUGACUCGCUUAUGCAGACCGCGGUCUAAAACGGCGAGUCCUCCUCGACUCCUUCGUAGACAACAAUAAUGAGAAUAAUAUCAUUUAUGAAGACAAUGAUGCUAGCCGCAUUUUGCAACGUCGCCAACGAGUGACUCGCACUGACUGAACUAACUAAUCCAUCCUGUAACGAGAUACGUAUACCAUACUGAUUAAUUUAGCGCCUGCAACCCCAGAGAAGUUGUAGGUACAACUGAGGGCUCAAACUCUUCAUUGUAUGAUUUGUGUUUGGGUCUGCACUAUUACCUCCUUCAUGUUGCCCAUAGAUACCUCAAGAGCAAGUGUACUCAUUAUAGGAGGCAUCUCGAAACCCGAGAACGGCUCAUUGAUUAAAUCGCCUCAGCUAAUGACGGUGACGGCAGCACUCGUUGAAUCAUUAUUAUGAUAUUACCAUAUUCACUAUUAUACAGUACUAUUCCUACCCUGUUAAUUAAUACGGUUUAAGUUAAUUAUUACGCUUACUGUGAUGCUACUUUUGGAACCCGAAGAAGGACAAGAUUAUCAUAUUAGUUGGUCAGAAAUGCUGUUAAGCAUGUAGUUCUCUGUCCGUUUGCUCCAUGCUUGUAAUUACACUGUAAAUCCUCUCAGAGUCGAUUUUCUUCCUAAACAAAUUCCCAUAAAUAAUAAAAUGUACGCAUAAGGAAGAGAACAGUCACUAUUUAGUUGUAGACACUGCUUUCCUACACGCCUAUUUAAAAUAAUUAUCACGCUGAGGAGCUUAGAUGCUCUUUGCAUCACCAAAAGGUAGGACGUUGCGGAAUGCGGGUCAUCUUCUUAGAUCAUGUCGGGAAGAUGAGAAAAGACUGAGAAAACGAGGAAAUCAUAAUUAUUAAGGUAUUAAUGUUUACUAUUAUACAGAAGACCUUGAAAACUAGUUAAGGUCAAAUGUUGGCAGAGGCACAAAAUAGGACGAAGCGUUGACUCCGCUGGAUCAGCUGGCAUUAUAAGUACUGACUAAAAUGAAAAAAGGCCCAUUCCAGUGAUAUUUCGGUCUUUGAAGGUCUUUGAAGCGAUGAGUGCGGCCAGAUAGCAUCUACCUAAGUGCAAUAGCAUCGUUGUUAUUAUCGUCAAUGAAUAUUAAUAAUUACUCGACCUGUCUGGUAUUCGUAUAAGUAAUAUAUAAUGGUUAUUUCAUUAUUUUUCGCCGACGUGUCGGCUGGAAACACUAUAGAAAUUUGUCAGAUAUAAAAACAGUAUUCUAAUGGUAAAAUUUGUCAAUUGAGGAGAAAAUAAGAGCAACGGUGCUGUUGUAAUUAGUUUGUCGUUUGAGCAAAACCACCACAGCAUAUUCUACUAGCAGCUGGAUUUAUCAACGAGAGAUGAAGUACGAGGGUUAUUCGUUCAUUAUAACCAUCGAAGAUUAUGUAAAUACUAUGUAUAUUAUUAAUCACAGCAAUGCUCGGAACGGUAAAGUGACCAUGUUGACAAGAAAAUAAACCGUGGCCUGUUGUGUCGUACUAUUUUUAUCCGAUGCACCCUGACUGGUGGCCUGCUAUACGGUAGAUCUUGUUAACAGAUUAGCUUCAUCAUCAUUUUAAUCGUUCAGAAAGGUGAUGAUUACACUUUACGAUUUCGUGUCACCGCAUUGUUUAAGGUAGCAAGGUGUCCGGCAACAAGUCUGCAAUGGUUCUUUUUUGUGGAGAGCAAAGUUAUACAGCGAAACGAUUGACUCAACAAAGGACUGCCAAAGCAAGAAAUUAGACAAAUCAGGGACUCCCGUUAAUUGGGCACCAGCUUUGAUGUAGGAUUUUACUGUGAUUUGUUUUGAUCGCAAACAUUAGCGUCUUCAACCGAAUAGCCGAGAGGCCGCAGUCAUAGAACAAAAUACUACUUCUGCUUCAAUUGGGUUUCGGCCCAGAAAAAUGAAACGCGAGUUAACUGUAUCUAUUACCGUGUAAUAUGUACAGCUGUAGGCGACGUUUGCACGGCGCGUACGACUGCAAACGAAUAAGGUGAGCUGCGCCGGCAGAAAAAACAAAGAAUACAAAAAUAUUUAUUUUCAGAGAGAACGAGCAGCUCUACGAGAUGGAGAAAGGCGAAGACAGACCUGUGCAAGAAGCACAGCGCGGGGACGUAAGUUCGGGGCGGAUCAAGCACAAACUACUUGUAAACAAGCGAUCGGCAAAAUAUAUCUGCCACAUCAAGCAGUGAGUGGGUUUGUUGGAAGCGAUUCAAUUAGCGUACAUCUAGCAGCAAGAAUAGAAAUUUAUCGCGCACUAUCCUAACAUGCGUGGAAGCCCUGGCUUCGCCCUCAGAUUAACUGUAUUGCUGCUGCUGCUGCUGCUGCUGCUG